UUGGAAGCGAGUGUACUUUUGGCAAAGGACGGAGGGGGGGAAAAGCUCAGCAAUCUUUUGAGGUGUUAUUUUGCUUUUUUUGUUUUUUUUUUGAAAAAAAAAAAAAAGAAUAGACAUUGAGUGCAUCGCGACGGAGAAAAUGUCCCGACCGCUCCCCUUGAACCCCACCUUUAUCCCGCCUCCCUACGGCGUGCUCAGGUCCUUGCUGGAGAACCCGUUGAAGCUCCCCCUUCAUCACGAAGACGCGUUUAGUAAAGAGAAAGACAAAGAAAAGAAGCUGGAUGAUGAGAGCAAUAGUCCGACAGUCCCCCAGUCGGCCUUCUUGGGACCCACCCUAUGGGACAAAACCCUUCCCUAUGACGGAGAUACUUUCCAGUUGGAAUACAUGGACUUGGAGGAGUUUUUGUCAGAAAAUGGCAUUCCCCCCAGCCCGUCUCAGCAUGAGCACAGCCCACACCCUCCAGCGCUGCAGCCGGCCCCCUCAGCGGCCCCCUCUGUCAUGGACCUCAGCAGCCGGGCCUCUGUACCCAUGCACCCUGGCAUCCAGACAUCGAACUGUAUGCAGAGUCCCAUCCGACCAGGUCAGCUGCUGCCAGCAAACCGCAAUACACCGAGUCCCAUUGAUCCUGACACCAUCCAGGUGCCCGUGGGGUAUGAUCCUGACCCAGCCGACCUUGCCCUUUCCAGCAUCCCUGGGCAGGAAAUGUUUGACCCUCGCAAACGCAAGUUCUCAGAAGAAGAACUGAAGCCGCAGCCCAUGAUUAAGAAAGCACGCAAAGUCUUCAUCCCCGAUGAUCUGAAGCAGGACGACAAGUACUGGGCCCGGCGCAGAAAGAACAACAUGGCAGCCAAGCGCUCCCGCGACGCGCGGCGGCUCAAGGAGAACCAGAUCGCCAUCCGGGCGUCGUUCCUGGAGAAGGAGAACUCGGCGCUGCGCCAGGAGGUGGCCGACCUGCGCAAGGAGCUGGGCAAGUGCAAGAACAUCCUGGCCAAGUACGAGGCCCGCCACGGGCCGCUGUGAGGACCGAC